AUGUCUGUACAAUCGCCAAUCCGUGUUGGGAUAAUUGGCCUCUCGGCUGGAGGCGGUUGGGCACCUGUAUCUCACUUGCCGUACCUCCAGAGCUCGUCAGACUACACCAUCACGGCAGUCUGCAAUACUUCCAUUGAAAGUGGGAAAAAGGCCAUUGAGAAGUUCCAACUCAAAUCUGCCGAGGCAUAUGACUCGGUAGAGUCCGUGUGCGACUCGGACAAUGUUGACCUUAUCGUCUGUGUCGUCGUCGUCUUCGCCCACUAUAACCUCAUCAAGCCGGCCAUUGAGCGUGGCAAAGACGUGUACGUCGAAUGGCCACUCUGCGCAACCACCGAAGAAUCCAGAGAGCUUGCCGAAUUAGCCCAGUCCAAGGGAGUCCAGACCAUCAUUAGUCUUCAGUCACGCGCAGGCCACGUUCAUUCAACCUUGCAACAAGUCCUCGCAAGUGGCAGAAUCGGACGCGUGCUAGCCUCACACAUUGUUGGUAGCGGUGGAAGUCCAGAGACGGGCAAUAAAAUCGACAGGAAGUUUCUGUACUUCAAGGAUAGGGAAGCCAAGGGGGCCAGGGGCCAGGUCGCUCUGAGCAUCUACGUCGGACAGACCAUGGAGUUUGUUGCAUCACUGCUGGGCCAGCCUCGAACCGUUUCUGCGCAGCUGCAAGUGACGUGGCCUCACGUGGAUAUUGUUGAUGGAGACAAUGUCGUCGAGAGAAACGUUGAGAAGACAGCCGACGACUAUGCCUCUCUUCAUGGAAUGCUCGGCGAAGAUGUCAAUUACAGUUACAUCUUCCGCGGCGGAGACGCAUUUGAGAAAGGAAAUGGUUUGGUAUGGGAUAUAAUUGGCGACAAGGGCCAGAUUCGCAUCACCGGAGCUACGAUCAUGUUCAACAUGGGUGCGGAUAACUACAAGAUCCAGGUUAAGGAUUACGAGACUGGAGAGAUAGAAACUAUUCCCUUGCACGAGAAGCUGCCUCUUCCGCUUAUGGCGCAGAACGUCGGCAUGGUUUACAAGAAAUAUGCCGAAGGAGCACAGGUGCCCAGUUUUGAGGAUGCAGUGAGAAGACAUGAGUUUUUGGACGCUAUGUUCGCCUCAAAUAAAGAGAAUGGCUCAAUGCGAGCAUUGAAAUACUCAUUUUAA